AUGGACUCCAUCUCCGGAGUUCCGUCUCCCCUCAACACCGCCCCACCGCGACCUCCGUCGACAUCGCCGUUUCCCGGCCGGGAUGACUGCUGGAGCGAAGACGCUACUUUCACUCUCAUCGACGCAUGGGGUGAACGCUACUUAGACCUAAACCGUGGUAACCUCCGCCAGAAGCACUGGCAAGAGGUUGCCGACGCCGUCAACGACCUCCACGCCGCCGGUAACAACAACAGGAAAGCUCGUCGGACCGACGUUCAGUGCAAAAACCGAAUCGACACGCUUAAAAAGAAGUAUAAGAUCGAGAAAGCUAGGGUUUCCGAAUCCGACAGCGGUUACCAGAGUCCUUGGCCAUUCUUCUCCAGCCUCGACAUCCUCAUCGGAAACACUUUUCCGGUAAAGAAACACUCGCCGCCGGCCAGCGAACGAACCACCAACGCCGUCGUCAAAUCUCUGCCGCCUCUUCCGGCGUGGAUAAUCUCUCAUCCGGUUGGUCCCCGAUCAGGGACGCAAAAACGUCCGGCGCAGAUGAACAGAGACGACACAUCUUUCCGACGGAAUUUCUCAGCCUUUGCAACUGCGGCAGCGGCAGUGGCCGAGGCAGAAAGUGAGGAGAUUGAGGACUGGAAGUCGAAUUGCCGAACAAAGAGUGGGAAGAGGGGAAGAGAGAGUGAUAGCAAUAUGGAGUGUGGGUACAAACAUCUUGCUCAGGCGAUAGAGAGGUUUGGUGAAGUAUACGAAAGAGUUGAAGUCUCCAAACAGAGACAAAUGGUGGAAUUGGAAAUGCAGAGGAUGAAAUUUGCAAAGGAGUUAGAGUUCCAAAGGAUGCAGUUAAUCAUGGAAACGCAGAUUCAGAUUCAGAAAAUCAAGCGCAGCAAGCGUUGUUCUCCUGGUGUUGACAGUUUCUCAUAG